AUGGCGCGCAGCAAGAGCUAUUGCCAAAGGCCUGCCUAUUAUGGCGGUGGAGGGAGGGGGCCGUUGGUGGCAGGGGAAGAGUUCGGAGAGGUAGAUGAAUAUGGUCCUGCGAGGGUAUCUUGGGCUGAUGAGGGUGGCCACGCUCGUCCCGGCAACGAGACCCCAGCAGGUCCUACCGAAAAUGAUCAUCUGCACAGUUCGGGGGUUAUUGAUGCCGACAGUGUGCAAGAUCUUGCCCGUGUAGAAGCUGAGGAGGCCAUUGCCGCUCCACUGUGGUACUCUGACAAGAUACCCAACGCAUCCCUAACUCGGUCCUUGGAGAGAAUCCAUCUUGGCGAUUCGGGGCGAAAGUGGAUGGCCACAGGCUGGAUUCUCUUGGUUCUUUCCAUGUCGCAUCCGGGAUAG